UGAUUUUGUCGUCUUUUAAUUACAGUGAAUGACUUGUGAACAGCCAGUGGAGGGGUUUAUACACCGAAAUGGCUUGAGGAUUAAGUUGUGUGAAGUAACGCAAUAAAGUGAGUUGUUGCUGGGCUGUAAUGUAAAGUAACGGUAGUUUGUGACCGCAGGCAGCGUCGGACUUUUUUUUUUUCUGGGAACAAUUCAGUCCAUCCGGUGAGUGAAUGUCUAACCGGUCCCUGAAUCAAUAACUUAUUAAUUAACAAACAAGAAACAGGAGAAUGAAGUGCAAUAUCAAAAGCAGCCCUCCACUGCAGGAUGUUAUGGUGCUCAUUCACCAACGUUAGCAUGCUCUUAAAGAGAAUUACUGGCGUAUAAACGGGGCCAAGUAUCCUGCAGCAGGUCCUGGAAACUGUAAAGACUUUGGUGAACAAAACGUGAGGAGAAAAGGCUCGCUGGAAGUCAGCUCGUGCCUUGAAUUUUCUGUCCCAGGCAGCAGCCAUGGAAGAGGAGGUGAGCAUGGAGUUUUUGCUGGAGCAGGUGAUGCAAAAGGACCUGGGGAAGAGGCUCCAGGUGGGCCAGGAGAUCAUGGAGCUCAUCCUGGACGAGGAGAAGUCCCCCGACAUGGAGCAGGACCAGACCGUGCUGGACAGGAUGGUGGACACAGUGGCCAGCUCCUGGGUCAACUCCAGCAACUUCAAGGUGGUCUUAUUUGGGAUGGACAUCCUCUCCGCUCUGGUCACCCGACUGCAGGAGAGAUUCAGGACACAGGUUGGAACAGUUCUACCAAGCCUCAUCGAUCGGUUAGGAGACGCCAAGGACCAAGUUCGAGACCAGGACCAAGCGCUGCUGCUGAAGAUUAUGGACCAGGCUGCUAACCCACAGUAUGUGUGGGAGCGAAUGAUGGGAGGCUUCAAGCAUAAGAACAACAGGACCAGAGAAGGACUCUGCCUCUGUCUCAUCUCAACCCUAAAUGUGUUUGGAUCUCAGAGUCUGACGCUCAGUAAAAUCGUUCCUCACAUCUGUAACCUCCUCGGAGAUCCCACAAGUCAGGUGCGUGACGGAGCCAUGAACUGCCUCGUAGAGAUCUACCGCCACGUUGGAGAACGAGUGAGAAUGGACCUGGGAAAGAAGGGUCUGCCUCAGUCACGGCUAAAUGUCAUCUUCAGUAAAUUUGACGAAGUUCAGAGGUCAGGGAACAUGGUCCUUUCACCUGUGUCAGCUCCACAGGAAGGUAUCGUCUCGCAAAGUCAAGCUGCGUCCACUGCAGACAAAAACCUUGAGGAUGAUGACUCGGGGGAUGGCGGCCGCUCCUCGUCCUCUUCCAAAGGGGUCUCGCUAUCUGGGAAGAAGACGGUGAGCAUGGGUUCAUUUCGACGCCCCGCCUCCAGCACCAAGUCUGCAGGGAGGGAUGGGUCUGGUGCUGGAGCUGUGGACGAAGAGGACUUCAUCCAGGCUUUUGAGGACGUCCCCACAGUGCAGAUCUACUCCAACAGGGAGGUAGAGGAGGCCAUGACGAAGAUCCGAGACGUGCUGUCAGACGAUAAGAGGGACUGGGAGCUCAGAGUGGCAGCUCUAAAGAAGGUGCGUUCGCUGCUCCUGGCCGGCGCAGUGGAGUUUGAUGGGUUUCCGCAGCAGCUGCGGCUCAUGGAGGCAGCGUUCAAACUGUCCGCCAAGGACCUCCGCUCUCAGGUGGUCAGAGAGGCAUGCCUCACUCUGAGCCACCUGUCGUUGGUGCUGGGCAGUCGGUUCGACCACGCGGCAGAGGCCAUCAUGCCGACCCUCCUCAACCUGGUCCCCAACAGUGCCAAAGUCAUGGCUACCUCCGGCAUUGCCACCAUCCGCCUCAUCCUCCGACACACACACUACCCACGUCUCAUCCCCAUCAUCACCAGCAGCUGUACCUCCAAAUCUGUGGCUGUCAGAAGGCGCUGCUUUGAGUUCUUGGACCUGCUGCUGCAGGAGUGGCAGACGAGCUCUCUGGAGAGACAUGGAGCAGUGUUGAUGGAGACGAUAAAGAAAGGUAUCCAUGAUGCAGAUGCAGAGGCUCGCUCUGUGGCAAGAAAGUGCUACUGGAGUUUUCACAGUCACUUCAGGCGGGAGGCGGAGCAGCUGUUCCAGGGCCUGGAGGCGUCCUAUCAGAAAGCUCUGCAGGCUCACUUGAGGAGCGGAGACAGCCUGGUGUCGCUGCCCGCCUCAGAUCGCUCCUCCUCCUCUUCCCAGGAGAGCCUCAAUCGACCGCUGUCUGUAAAAAACACCUUUGGAAGCGGGACAACAAGAUCCAAAGCUUCCCACACCAGGACGCCUGCUGCAGCCUCUUCUCCAGGCUCCCUCCAGCGCUCUCGCAGCGACGUGGACGUCAACGCGGCGGCCACCGCCACGGCCCGAACCAGGAUGCCCGCCGUGUCCUCUGCCAUGCAGUCGUCGGCUUCACCCUUCAGCUCGGCCUCGGCCCUCCCCCCUGGAUCCUACGCUUCACUUGGUCGAGUACGAACCAGAAGAACGAGUUCAGGAAACGGUCCGUCUGUGACAGACAGCCGGGGAAGAAGCCGAGGGAAAGUCGUCUCGCAGUCUCAACCCGGCAGCAGGUCAGGUUCUCCCGGCCGCCUGCUAAGCUCCACCUACGGCAGGAUCCCGAGGCCGGCCAUGGGCACCGCCCUCACCACCACCAACAGCACUUCCACCGGCCUGAGCGACAAGAGCCGGCCCCGAGGUCACCGCAGCCAGGGCUGCAGCCGAGAGACCAGCCCCACCAGAUCAGGAACGGCCCGGAGCCGAAUCCCCCGACCAAGCAUGAGUCAGGGCUGCAGCCGCGAAACCAGUCGCGAGAGCAGCCGCGACACCAGCCCCGCCAGGGGUUUCUCCCCCCUGGACCGGCUGUCUCAUCAGGCUCGGAUCUCGGCAUCCGUCAACGCCAUGAAAAUCCUCAACACCGGCACCGACGUCGAGGCUGCUGUCGCUGACGCUCUGCUCUUAGGAGACUCGAGGAGUAAGCGGAGGCCGGUGAGGCGGCGCUUUGAGUCGCCGGGAAUGUACUCGGACGACGACGCCAACAGUGACGCCUCCAGUGCUUGCUCCGAGCGCUCGUACAGCUCACGCAACGGAGGCGUGGCGCCUCACUACCUGCGUCAGACGGAGGACGUGGCCGAGGUGCUGAACCACUGCGCCAGCGCCAACUGGUCUGAGAGGAAGGACGGCCUGCUGGGACUGCAGAACCUGCUCAAGAGCCAGAGGAUGCUCAGUCGCGUGGAGCUCAAGAGGCUUUGUGAGAUCUUCACCAGGAUGUUUGCAGAUCCUCACAGCAAGAGAGUAUUUAGUAUGUUCCUGGAGACUCUGGUGGACUUCAUCACGCUGCACAGGGACGACCUGCAGGACUGGCUCUUUGUCCUGCUCACUCAGUUGCUGAAGAAGAUGGGGGCCGACCUUCUGGGCUCCGUCCAGGCCAAAGUCCAGAAAGCCCUGGACGUCACCAGAGAUUCCUUCUCAUACGAACAGCAGUUCAACAUCUUGAUGCGUUUCAUCGUGGAUCAGACGCAGACACCCAACCUGAAGGUGAAGGUGGCCAUCCUGCGCUACAUUGAGGCGCUCGCCCGUCAGAUGGACCCAGGCGACUUCGUCAACUCCAGCGAGACGCGCCUCGCUGUCUCUCGCAUUAUCACCUGGACGACCGAGCCCAAGAGCUCUGACGUCCGCAAGACCCUUCAUAGCUGGGCAGGGGAGGAUUUCUCAGGCCGACCCAGCACCGUGGCCUCUCUGCCUGGAGAGGGCAACAUGGAGGAGAGGUGCAAGCAGGCGGCCCAGGUGGUGCUAAUUGCCCUGUUUGAGCUGAACACGCCAGAGUUUACCAUGCUGCUCGGCGCUUUGCCCAAAACCUUCCAGGAUGGGACCACCAAACUGCUGCACAACCACCUGAGGAAUGCCAGCGCCAACAGUGGCAUCAGCAUGGCGUCUCCCAGUAACUCGGCAGGCCGGACGCCUCCGAGGCCGCCCAGCAGCCGCAGCAGCCCUCUGACCUCGCCCACCAACUGCUCCCAUGGGGGUCUUUCUCCCAGCAUGCUGGAGUACGACAGUGAAAACCUGAACUCGGAGGAGAUCUACAGCUCUCUCCGCGGCGUCACCGAGGCCAUCCAGAACUUCAGCUUCCGCAGCCAAGAGGACCUGAUGGAGCCACUGAGGCGAGAUGGCAAGAGGGACGGCAUGUCCAGAGUCGGGGCGUCCUCAGAGCUCGGCGGUGAGGUGGUGGGGGGAGGACGUACAGCCCUGGACAACAAGACGUCUCUGCUGAAUACGCCUUCGCCGCGCUCCUUUGCCGGCCCGCGCUUCAGAGACUAUAACCCGUACAACUACACGGACAGCAUCAGCACACUGGACAAAGCUUCCCUGAAGGAGGCGCUGUUUGAGGACGCUGUGGAGCAGCUGCGAGACGGCAGCAGACAAGAAUGUGUGGAAAACAAGAUCGUGAAUCCCAAAAGCUUCCCUGCCGUCCCCGCUGAGCAGCUGCAGCUGGUCGGGGAGCUGCUGAAGGAGCUCUCCCAGGGCCAGGCAGGGGAGCGGGGCCCCGAGGACCGACGGGGGACUCUGCUGGAGCUGUUGAAAGUGGCCCGAGAGGACAGCCUGGUGGUGUGGGAGGAACACUUUAAGACGAUGCUGCUGCUACUGCUCGAGACGCUGGGGGACAAAGAUCACACGAUCCGGGCACUGGCCCUGCGGGUCCUGAAGGAGAUCCUGAGGAAUCAGCCGGCCCGCUUUAAGAACUACGCUGAGCUUACCAUCAUGAAGACGCUAGAGGCUCAUAAAGACUCCCACAAGGAGGUGGUGCGUGCGGCAGAGGAGGCGGCCUCCACGCUGGCGGCCUCCAUCCACCCUGAGCAGUGCAUCAAGGUCCUCUGUCCCAUCGUGCAGACUGCAGACUACCCCAUUAACCUGGCUGCCAUCAAGAUGCAAACGAGGGCCAUUGAACGCAUCGCCAAGGAGCCGCUGCAUCAGCUGCUGUCUGACAUCAUACCUGGACUCCUUCAGGGCUACGACAACACAGAGAGCAGUGUGAGGAAGGCCAGCGUCUUCUGCCUGGUGGCCAUCUACUCCGUGAUCGGAGAGGAGCUGAAGCCUUACCUCGCUCAGCUGACCGGCAGCAAGAUGAAACUGCUCAACCUAUACAUCAAGAGGGCCCAGACCUCCACCAGCAACAGCAGCAGUUCCUCCGACAUCUCGUCCUACUAACACUAACAUCACCUUUGUUUCAGUUUUCAUUCCAACAGCCAAUACAAACAGGAUCAUGAUUAUCUAGAUUUUCAUCAUCUUCCCAUCCAACUUUUCCAAAUUCUUCCCAUUUCAUUCCUUCAGCCGUUGAUGAAGUUGAAGUUGUCUUCGUGGCUCCAGUUUCUGGACCAUCUUCUUGAAAGCGUAGCUAGUUUUUAGGAUAAAAGUUGGCAGCUUUGAUAAAGAACCAGACCCUCCUUUCUCUUUCACACUAACACUAGAGUCAUGAGCCUUAAAACUUUAUCUUCCUUCAAUGUACGGUGGAACCAAGGUGAUCGUAGAAACCAUUCUUUCCUCUCCUCAUUUCACCAUCUUCUUUGUCAAUCGGAUCUGAAGUGAUCCUGAGAAAUAUUUAAUGUUACUUUAGCACCUAGACCACCUCCUCUAACUUAUAAGAGGUGAAAUCGUGAAAGAGUUUUUGUUUUUCCCUCCUCUCAUUGCAGGAGGAAACCUGUGGCUAUCAGUAUUUUUAUUCAUUUUUAGUACCUUUAAUCCACUUCUUUGAACUAUUUGUUUGCUUUGACACAUCAAAACUUAUUGUAUAUUGAAUGUAAAGAGCUUUGAAUGGAUCUUACCUGUAUAUCUCCUUCCUGAACUACUGCCUCAUUGUACCCGGUGGAUCAAUCUUAAAGGUGUUGGGAUGAUUUCCAAUUUGACAAGUGCAAAGAAAGUGUUCAAAAGUGGCACUAUAGUCUUUAAAAGGCUAAAUUCAAGAAGAAGAUUAAUAUGUCAAAAAUAAUGAGCUUUGAUUUAGAAAUUCGACACCUUUUUGAUGAGUCAAACAGUAGGAGAAUGUAACUUUCCUGCUGUGGCACUUAUUAAUAGAAUAGCAAUAUGUGUAAGCAUUAAUAAAAAAUGUGAAAUCAAA